GUCUUAUAAAAUUGGAGGAUGCCUCUUCAAAAAUUUCCUUGAAUAUCUCUCUUCACCCAAGCUCUCUCUUGCCUUCAGGUUUGCAGCAGACCAGGAAGUUAAAUAAGCAAGUACUGAAUGAAUAGGAAUCGGAUACAAAAGUCGAAGCAUAUCAUGUUGGGAGUAGAACGGUAUCUUAAUUUUUCAUUUGACAGAGCAAGUUGAAGAUGAUAUGAUAAUUGUGUCCAUGUUUGAGGUAUGCUAACAUCGACCGAUGCAUCUGUCAAUGGCUCUGUUGAGUAGAAAACUUCAUUCCGUUUUAGUUUCUUCAUCAAUCACCAACACUUCUUCAUUUGCAGUAACCAAAACCAUCAUUAUCCCCUCCCAAUUGCUCGUGCAAUCUAACAAUGACUCGAAUGUUAGUGUCAUCUCUGAUUUAUUCAAGAAAACCCAUAACUGGGAUACUCUCACUAGAACUUUAUCUUCAGUCCAAUUAACCCAUUCCCUUGUUCAACAAGUACUGCUCCAACUCAAGAUGCCCGAGCAUGCACGAUCAGCUUUAAAUUUCUUUUACUGGUCUGCAAAGACCCAAAACUUCCAACACCAGAUUGACUCUUACUGCAUUGCAAUUCAUAUUGUAGUUCAUGCCCAACAAUUAGCUGAAGCUAAGAUAUUGAUCCAAUCAGCUUUGAAAACAAGUGAAUCCAAUUCAACUAGAUUUUGUCUUGUGGAAUCUUUACUGGGUAGUUACAAAGUUGUUGAUUCGAGUCCUUUGGUGUUUGAUUUGUUGGUUCAGGCAUAUGCAAAGUUGAGAAUGUUUGAGGAUGGUUUUGAGGUUUCUUGUUACUUGGAGAACCAUGGGUUUUGUUUGAACUUGUCAAGUUUCAAUGCCUUGCUUCAUGGGAUGCAAAAAUCUGGUGAAAAUGCAAUGGUUUGGAAGGUUUAUGGGCAUAUGAUUCGCAAAAGGAAAUACCCCAAUGAAAUUACAGUAAGAACGAUGAUUGGUGCUUUGUGUAAAGAAGGGAAGUUGCAAGUUGUGGUGAAUUUGUUGGAUAGGAUUCAUGGUAAGAGAUGCUCUCCAAUAGUUAUUGUUAAUACGAAUUUGGUGUUUAAGGUUAUAGAAGAGGGUAGAAUUGAAGAGGGAAUGGAAUUAUUGAAGAGAAUGUUGCAAAAGAACUUGAUUCUCGAUACCAUUGCUUCCUCUUUCAUUGUUUAUACUAAAUUGAAGCUCGGGAAUUUGGAGUCAGCAUGGGAGGUGUAUGAUGAAAUGCUUAAGAGAGACUUUAGUGCCAACUCUUUUCUGUUUUCAUCCUUCAUAAAAGCAUAUUGUGAAAGAGGAAAAAUUCAAGAAGCAGAAAGCAUGUUGCAAGAUAUGAAAAAUAUGGGUUUGAAGCCAUAUGAUGAAACUUUUAACCAUUUGAUCGAGGCAUGUAGUAAAGCGGGCGAACUGGAUGCUGGUGUGAAACACUUCGAGGAAAUGAUCGGUAGGGGACUCGUUCCAAGUUGUUCCACUUUCAAUGAAAUGGUGAGAGGGCUUUGCGAAAGGGAUUCAGCAAAAGCUAAUGAGUUCUUAACUCUUGUUUUAGAUAAAGGACUUUCACCUAAUGAAGUCACAUACAUUCAUCUUAUGUCUGGUUAUGGAAAACAGGGGAACAUCCAACAAGUUCUCAAAUUAUACUAUGAAAUGGAGUAUAGGUCACUGUCUCCUGGAUUACCAGUUUUUACAACAUUGAUUAGAGGUCUUUGUGACUGUGGAAAAGUAGAGGAAGCUGAGAAGUAUCUAAGAAUAAUGAAAGGUCGUUCUAUAGGGUUGAGUGAAGAGAUAUAUGAAGCUUUAAUCACUGGUUACCUCAGAAAUGGCGACAAAACAAGGGCUGCUCUCCUUCAUAAUGAGAUGGUUGCAAGAGGAAUGAAGACGAUGAAAAUAAUAUGACCAGUAUUCAGUUUUAAUUUAGCAUUUUUAACACUAAAGUAAAAUUCAUUUCUCUUUCUUUUGUCGUUUAGUUUCAAGAAACCAAUGAAAACGAGGAUAUGAUCUGAAAAUAAUUACUAAAAAUUCUAUCACAAAUGUAUGUAUGAAAAUUAUGUAUUUAAAAUA